AUGGCGUCUUCAGCGGAGAUUGGUGAAGAUUACUCCAAGUCAUUGACGAGUUUGACGUUCAACUCCAGACCGAUCAUUCAAAACCUCACCAUCAUAGCUCAAGAGAACGUCCAUGCUGCUGAAUAUAUAGCCAAAGCUAUCGAGCGGCAAAUUGCAAAAGCGGUGCCCUCUCAGAAGUUGUUUUCGUUCUACCUACUGGAUUCGGUGUCUAAAAAUGUCGGGUCACCUUAUAAUAUUCUAUUUGGUCAGAAUCUAUUCAAAAUCUUCACGGAAGCGUAUGUGCUGGUAAACGACGAAAACAGGAAGAAGUUUAUCGGACUUUUCAAGACAUGGAAGUCCGCGGUCACAGAGGCCGGGCUCCCAUUAUUUCCAGAGGAUCAGAUUGGUCAGAUAGAGUCUUUUUUGGAGAAGGCAACCCGGAGAAAUCGCUCUGCUCCUCCACAGUUGUCGGUGGAGCUGCUGAUUCGGGAGAUCGAUAUACUAUGUCAGAUGGUUCAGGAGAGACUGAAUAAGAGUCCAAGCGAUACAAAGGCUCAGGAACGGUUUAAGGUGUUAAUGGAUCUCAAGAGGAUCCUUACAACGCAAAAAAUUGCUUCUCAACAGCUACAGGUGGUGCACACCCAGUUGGUGGGGAUCAGAAAGGACGAAACGGAGAAACUGACACUUUUGAAAGCCCAGCAGACACAGCCACAGCCUCAGCAACAACAACCACAGAUGCAAUUUUCGGGCUUUCCGUUUCAGGCUGGUGCCCCGUUGCCUCAAUCAGCUCAGAACAGACAACCUAAAUUUCAGCCGCCAUUGAAACAGAGGCAGCCUGCUGCUCCAUCGUUUUCAACGAACCAAUUGCAGGCUUUGUUGGGAGCUAGGACCCCACCUCCUCAAGUCCCAACAAAUCCUGGUGAUGUUUCCUCGAUUUUGAGCAGUCUUUCACAAUCUGGUGUCUUUGAAAAAUUGAACCUGAAGCCAGCGCCGGUUUCAGCAGCCCCAAAACUGGACCAACAAUCACUCAAGAAUCUAUUGGGGCUAUCCCAAAUGGAUCCCACAUCGAGCAUUGCGCUUUCAGGGAAAGCAGUGGUGGCUUCAGAGGACCAAAUCUUGGCUCGUUUCGAUCUGACCCAGCAGUUUUUGAACAGCCACAAGCCCUCUGCUGAGGAGAUCAACUUAAUCUACAAUAUCAAGCCUAAUAAGUGCAGUAAUUGUGCGAAACGGUUCAAAAACACUCCCGAAGGCAACAUAAAACAGCAGGAGCACUUAGAUUGGCAUUUUCGUAUGAACAAACGACUCAAGCAGAACGAAGUCAAGACCAUCAGCAAUCGUGCCUACUAUCUUGACGACGAAAAGUGGGUCAAUUUCAAGGACGACGAGAUUCUGGGAAGUCUUGAAGAGGUAACCACAGAGUCGCAGGCUGCAGAAAGGGACGGCAGGGCAAGCGCAGAAAAACGCGAUGCCAAGUAUGUGGUUCUUCCUGCUGAUUCGACCGAUCUGACUACAGUUUGCCAAGUCUGCAAGGAAAAAAUCAACGCUGAAUUCAAUGACGAUUUGGGCGAGUGGAUAUGGAAGAACUGCAUUUCCGUGAAGGACCGGGAUGGAAAUGAGCGCAAUUACCACUACGAUUGUUAUGUGGAGACGAGAGGUGUUAAGAGGGAGAGGUCGCCUGGUUGA